AUGUUUAGUCAUUCAUCAAGAUUCAGUACAGGUCAGACAACUGGUACAGGAGAGGAAAGUUAUAUAGGUAACGUAUGUGGCAAAGCCUUUGACGACCAGCAACUGCAUACUGGACAGAAACCUUACGAAUGUGAAGAGUGUGGCAAGAGCUUUAAAUUGUGCCCAACCCUUACUCAACAUAAGUUAACUCAUAUUGGAGAGAAACCUUACCAAUGUAAAGAAUGUGGCAAUGUCUUUAACCAGUUCUCAACCCUUACAGGGUAUCAAAGAAUUCAUACUGGAGAGAAAACGUACCAAGAUAAAGAAGAUGGCAAGUCCUUUACCCGGCCCUCAUCUCUUACAAGACAUCAAAGAAUUCAUACUGGAGAGACACCUUCCAAAGGUAAACGAUGUCGUAAGACCUUUAGGCAUCAUUCACAACUUUCUGAACAUCACAGGAUUCAUACUGAGGAGAAACCUUAUCAAUGCAAAGAGUGUGGCAAGGCCUUUAACUGGCGCACAGCCCUUAGGAGACAUCACAGAAUCCAUACUGGAGAGAAAUCUUACCAAUGUAACGAAUGUGGCAAGGUCUUUGGGUACCUCUCAACCUUUACACAACAUCGCAAAAUUCAUACUGGAGUGAACCCUUACAAAUGUAACAAAUGUGGCAAGGCCUUUUCCCACCAGGCACAUCUUAAUGUACAUCACAGAAUCCAUAUUGGAGAGAAACCUUACCAAUGUAAACAAUGUGGCAAGGCCUUUCUGUACUUGUCAAACUGUAUAAAACAUCGCAGAAUUCAUACCAGAGUGAAACCUUAUAAAUGUAAGGAAUGUGGUAAAGCUUUUAACUGGCACUCAGCCCUCAAGACACAUCACAGAAUUCAUAGUGGAGGGAAACCUUACCAAUGUAAACAAUGUGGCAAGGCCUUUACCCGGCCCUCAGCCCUUACAAAGCAUUACAGAAUUCAUACUGGAGAGAAACCUUACCAAUGUAAAGAAUGUGAUGAGGGCUUUUACUGGCACCCAGCCCUUAAGUUACAUCAGAGAAUCCAUAGUGGAGAGAAACCUUACCAAUGCAAAGAAUGCGGCAAGGCCUUUUCCCAGGCCUCAGUCCUUAGAGAACAUCACAGAAUUCAUACUGGACAGAAACCUUACCAAUGUAAAGAAUGUGGUAAAGCCUUUAACCAGCUCUCAGCCCUUAAGACGCAUCGCAGAAUUCAUACUGGAGUGAAACCUUACAAAUGUAAAGAAUGUGGCAAGGCCUUUUCCCGCCAGGCAUAUCUUAAUGUACAUCACAACAUCCAUGUUAGAGAGAAACCUUACCAAUGUAAAGAGUGUGGCAAGGCCUUUAAAGGGCACUCAGAACAUACUCGCCAUCAGAAAAUUCACAGUGGAGAGAAACCUUACCAAUGUAAAGAAUGUGGCAAGGCCUUUAACAAGCAAUCAUCCCUGAGACAACAUGAAGGAAUUCAUACUGGACAGAAACCUUACCAAUGUAAAGAAUGUGGCAAAGCUUUUAACUGGCAAUCGGCCCUUAAGAGACAUCACAGAAUUCAUAGUGGAGAGAAACCUUACCAGUGUAAAGAAUGUGGCAAGGCCUUUUCCCGCCAGGAACAUCUUGAUAUGCAUCACAGAGUCCAUACCGGACAGAAACCUUACCAAUGUAAAGAAUGUGGCAAGGCCUUUUCCCGCCAGGCACAUCUUAGUGUACAUCACAGAAUUCAUACUGGAGAGAAACAUUACCAAUGUAAAGAGUGUGGCAAGGCCUUUAAAGGGCACUCAGAACUUACUCGACAUCACAAAAUUCAUAGUGGAGAGAAACCUUACCAAUGUAAAGAAUGUGGCAAAGCCUUUAACUGUCAAUUGGCCCUUAAGAGACAUCACAGAAUUCAUACUGGAGAGAAAGCUUACCAAUGUAAAGAAUGUGGCAAGGCCUUUAACAAGCAAUCAUCCCUUAGACAACAUGAAGGAAUUCAUACUGGACAGAAACCUUACCAAUGUAAAGAAUGUGGCAAGGCUUUUGGGUUCGUCUCAAACUUUAUACAACAUCGCAGAAUUCAUACUGGAGUGAAACCUUACCAAUGUAAAGAAUGUGGCAAAGCUUUUAACUGGCAAUCGGCCCUUAAGAGACAUCACAGAAUUCAUAGUGGAGAGAAACCUUACCAGUGUAAAGAAUGUGGCAAGCCCUUUUCCCGCCAGGCACAUCUUAGUGUACAUCACAGAAUUCAUACUGGAGAGAAACAUUACCAAUGUAAAGAGUGUGGCAAGGCCUUUAAAGGGCACUCAGAACUUACUCGACAUCACAAAAUUCAUAGUGGAGAGAAAGCUUACCAAUGUAAAGAAUGUGGCAAGGCCUUUAACAAGCAAUCAUCCCUUAGACAACAUGAAGGAAUUCAUACUGGACAGAAACCUUACCAAUGUAAAGAAUGUGGCAAAGCUUUUAACUGGCAAUCGGCCCUUAAGAGACAUCACAGAAUUCAUACUGGAGAGAAACAUUACCAAUGUAAAGAGUGUGGCAAGGCCUUUAAAAGGCACUCAGAAUUUACUCGACAUCACAAAAUUCACAGUGGAGAGAAACCUUACCAAUGUAAAGAGUGUGGCAAGGCCUUUAAAAGGCACUCAGAAGUUACUCGACAUCACAAAAUUCAUAGUGGAGAGAAACCUUACCAAUGUAAAGAAUGUGGCAAGGCCUUUAACAAGCAAUCAUCCCUUAGACAACAUGAGGGAAUUCAUACUGGACAGAAACCUUACCAAUGUAAAGAAUGUGGCAAAGCUUUUAAGUGGCAAUCAGCCCUUAAGAGACAUCACAGAAUUCAUAGUGGAGAGAAACCUUACCAGUGUAAAGAAUGUGGCAAGGCCUUUUCCCGCCAGGAACAUCUUGAUAUACAUCACAGAGUCCAUACUGGACAGAAACCUUACCAAUGUAAAGAAUGUGGCAAGGCCUUUUCCCACCAGUCACAUCUUAAUGUACAUCACAGAAAUCACAGUGGAGAGAAACCUUACCAAUGUAAAGAGUGUGGCAAAGCUUUCAACUGGCAAUCGGCCCUUAAGAGACAUCACAGAAUUCAUAGUGGAGAGAAACCUUACCAGUGUAAAGAAUGUGACAAGGCCUUUUCCCGCCAGGAACAUCUUGAUAUGCAUCACAGAGUCCAUACCGGACAGAAACCUUACCAAUGUAAAGAAUGUGGCAAGGCCUUUUCCCGCCAGGCACAUCUUAGUGUACAUCACAGAAUUCAUACUGGAGAGAAACCUUACCAAUGUAAAGAGUGUGGCAAGGCCUUUAAAGGGCACUCAGAACCUACUCGACAUCACAAAAUUCAUCGUGGAGAGAAACCUUACCAAUGUAAAUGUGGCAAAGCCUUUAACUGUCAAUCGGCCCUUAAGAGACAUCACAGAAUUCACAGUGGAGAGAAACCUUACCAAUGCAAAGAAUGUGGCAAGGCCUUUACUCAUCACUCAAGACUUACCAACCAUCACAAAAUUCAUACUGGAGAUUGA